GCUGCAUGUCAACAACGAGCACGUUGAACCACCGUCACGUGACCCGCAACAACUUCCGGGUUGGCGCCAUUGAAAUAAGAGAAGAAGAUAACAGUGUUCUGGUGACACCUUGUGGCGACAGAGCCGUGUUGCAACUGCUGCCGGUCAUUCAGCAGCCUCCUGCUUGACGUGUUCUGCAUUAUUCGUUUUAUCUGGUUUUAAAGAAAGAGAGAAACGGAGGGAGCAGAAGAAGAGGUGUGGUCUCAACCUGCUUCUUCCUCAGUUCCCCUCUGGGUGCUCUCUGCACAUUGGCGAGCUCUGAUGCCUCUCCUGCAUCAAACCCCAUGCUGUUAAAUGUGACCCGGGUGGUCUGCACCUUCAAGACUGUGUGAUGACGGCACCUGAAGCCUAGCACAGUCUCUUCCAGGGUUUCCAGGACUGUGGGAUCAUGAACGUGACUGGAAGCUGCACGGCGGAGAUGCCGUCCGGGUACAUACCUAGCUUUAAAGGGAUCUACAUCGCAUCUGAGCUCAUCAUCGCCUUGCUGGCCAUCAUAGGCAACUCCCUGGUUUGUCUGGCUGUCAUCUGCAACAAGAAGCUCCGCACCGUCACCAACUACUUCCUGGUGUCGCUGGCAGUGGCGGACACCCUGGUGGGACUGGUGGGCAUCCCCUGUGCGGUGCUGACAGACCUGGGUCGACCUCGCCACAACAUGCCCCUGUGCCUGGUGCUGCUCUGCAUGCUGAUGGUGCUCACACAGAGCUCCAUCCUGAGCAUGUUAGCGGUGGCACUCGAGCGGUACAUGGCCAUCCUCCUGCCCUUCCAGUACGAGCGCGUCAUGAGCCCCAGGAACGCCAACCUGGCCCUGCUGGUCACCUGGUGCCUGGCGGUUCUCUCCGGCUCCGUGCCCCUCAUGGACCCACAGAGACAACCAGCAGACUCCAACUACUGUAUCUUCACCUGCGUGGUGGACAUGACCUACUUGGUCUACUUCAACUUCUUCUGCUGCUUCCUGGUGCCGCUGGUGGCCAUGAGCAUCAUCUAUGGACACAUCUUUCUCACCGUUCUACACCAAAUCAGACGCAUCAACCUGGUCAGGGGGACGUCAGUAAGCGAGGAGACGGUUGUUGGUAGCGGGAGCUCUGGGAUGGAGGACAGCGGGAGCUCAGCCGCCAUGGGAACAUCUGGAGUCAGGGCAGACAUGAGGACGAGAAAAGAGUCUGGCAUCGGCUCUCUUAUUGACACCGAGACAACUGCUGUCUUCACAAAGACAGGACCCAGGGUCUCCACAACCGGAUCCAUCAGCAGCUCUGCCCCUGCUGACCCUCAUCUGGGAGAGUCCACCAAGGCCAAAUCCAACUUUCAGGAGCUGCGUAAAGCCACCUCCCUCCUCCUGGUCCUGUUUCUCUUCAUGGUGUGCUGGAUGCCCAUCCACGUCAUCAACAGCGUCCUGCUGCUCUGCCCGCAGUGUAAGGUGCCCAUGUCGCUCACACUGGCGGCCAUCAUGCUCUCCCACGCCAACUCGGCCCUCAACCCGAUCGUGUACACGUACAGGAUGAGGUUGUUCCGACACACUCUGAUGGGGAUAUGGAAAGGACUGUGGAGCCUCCGGUCAAAACGUCAAACGCUGGAGGGUCACUAGAGCUCACUGUUUUGGUUUUAUGGCCCAGAAGUUUACUGUUUUGGUUCAGUGUCACCAUUCUUAUCAGCUGUGUUUCAAUAAAGUAAAAUAAAACGUCUACCUUACCUGCUGAGCACCUGACAGCAGAGAGUCUAAGUUACCUUUCAUCAGCUGAAGAGCUGCUGGAGACCAAAAUGAGAGCUAAAAGUGGAGUGAAUAUCAGACUUACAUUCAUCAGAUAGACACAAACAAGUGCUAAUGUUGCUCUGUUACUGCUGGAUGUGUGAAUAAGGAACUGUUUUCAUGAGGUUGUGCUGCCCCCAAUUGGUGAAAACAAGCCCAACACAGCGUUUAAGUAUUUAAAGUUGUACAUUAUAGAUCACAUUUUAUAACAAACGUGUGUCUUUUAACAGAUCUUUGUGUACAUAUUGACUAGACUGAUGUAAAGUUGUUUAUACUACUUUUACUCCAUGUCUUUGAUAGAUAAUGAGGACAAUUAUCGGUUCGUCGUCUAGCUUCAGUGGACUUUAAACUCAUUUGUUUCCAUGCAAAUAUUUUAUAAAUCCAUACAAAAACUUUGUCUUUUAUUUAAAUUCACAUGGUCACAUCUUUGUUUACACUGUAUGCAAGGGACCUGAGUGUUCCAUGUGCUUGACUUGUCCAUACAAAGGUUGAAUACAUCAGUUUACGUGCACUGGAGUUGCAUUUUGCCACAGAUUGGAGGUCGAGUGGAGACAGACUGUUGAUAAUUAAAGAUUAAAUUGCAAUAAUGCAAAAACAAGAUUGAAUAAUGUAGUUUCUGUUGUAUAUCCCAAACUAUCACACACACAAAAAACCCUCCAAAAACUACACAGGUAAAUGAAUAAAUAAUGAUCAAGUCACAGAAAUAAACUGUUCAUGUUGAGGGUGUGUUCAGGAACCUCACAGUCUGUGGGAAGAAGCUGCUCUGCAGUCUGGUUGUGAGGCAGCGGAUGCUUCUCUAUCUGUUGGCAGACGGCAGCAGCAGGUUGUCUUUCAGGACACUUUGGGCUCCACGCAGACAUCUCACCUCGCUGAU